AAUCACAUGGCUAAAGAAUAGAUUCUGAGUCAAAAUUUCUGACCCGUUUUGUAUUCUUUGGUUCUGCUUAUUACAGAACAAUUUUUCUUAUAACAAUUGAUAUUUUACGAAAAGUAGUAUUCAAUUUAAUUAUAAUUCAAAAAUGGAAAGGUGGAUUAAUGAUAGCCUAUCUCAACUAUUAGAUUUUCCUGUUCCAGAUGAUUUAACACAAUAUAUCCUUCAAAUUCAAGAUGAAAGAGAUUUAGAUGAUUAUUUGAAAACUCUAUUAAAUUUUGAAAAUCAUAAACAUCGAAACUUUGUUACAGAACUUAAGAGAAGAAAAGCAUCCGAAAAUGUUCUACUUGGAUAUAAAAAAGUCGAUGAUAAUCAGCCUAUUAUCUCCAAACAAACUGACAAAAAGAAAAAUAAAACAAGCAAAGAUAAAGAAGAUCAUCAAGAGGCUUCCAAGGAAAAAGGGAAAAAAAAAUCCAAAUUUGUAAAUAUUUUCAGUGAUGAUGGAAAAGAUAAACUCACUAUUUUCUUAAAAAGUAGAAUGAAAUGUGACUGUGAAGCUAAAACGCAUUCUUUGAUAAACAAUUGUCUCAACUGUGGUAAAAUCGUUUGUGCUCAAGAAGGAUCAGGACCUUGUUUCUUUUGUGGUGAGCUAGUUUGUACUCCAGAUCAACAAUCAGUAUUAGCCAUGAAUACUAAACAAUCAGACAAUUUAUAUAAUAAAUUAAUGGAUCUGAAAAUAACUGGAGAUCAACAAAUCGCACUUUCUCAACGUGAUAAACUUCUAGAAUUUGAUCGUAAUAGCACUAAACGAACACAAGUCAUUGAUGAUGAAUGUGAUUACUAUCAAUCAUCUGAUAGUAUGUGGUUGUCGGCAAAAGAACGAGAAACUUUGAAGAAGCGUGAAGAAGAAAUAUGGAAUAAAAAGCAUGAAUCUCGACUAUCCAAAAAAGUUACUCUUGAUUUUUAUGGAAGACAAGUUAUUGAAGAACCAGAAGACUUUUCUAGUUAUUCUUUUGAUGAAAAUCAAGAAGAUUCUUCAAUUCCAUAUGACAAUGAUAUGAGUUUAAUUUGUCCCACUGUUGAAUUUAAACGACCUCAAUACAUUGAAACGGAAAAGUCUACAAUGUUAGAAACUCAAAAUCUAUUAAACUGUUCCAUGAACAAUUUUCGAGUUCAAGAUAAACAACUUUUAGAAAUGAGCGAUGAUGGAUGUUGUCUAAGUAUGCACCAACCAUACGCUUCGCUUUUAGUCGCAGGAAUCAAAAAACAUGAAGGAAGAACUUGGUAUUCUGCUCAUCGAGGAAGACUUUGGAUUCAUGCAGCAGCAAAACAGCCAUCUCCUGAAGAAAUAACUACUAUUCAAAGUUUUUACAAAAAUUUACUUGGAGAUGACAUAAAGUUUCCAAAACAAUAUUCGACGGGAUGCCUAUUAGGAUGCGUUACUGUAACAGAUGUUAUAGCUCAAGAUGAAUAUAGGAUAAUGUAUCCAGAUGGAGAAUCCGAAAGUCCUUAUGUGUUUAUAUGUGAAGAUUUUCGAGAGUUAAAAAUAAAAUUUCCCAUGCAAGGAAAGCACAAAAUUUAUAAACUUGAUAAAGCAAUCCAUAAAGCAGCACUUAAGUGCCUAAGAUAAUAAUGUAUUCGAUUUAAUAAAAUAAAUUAUUAAAUAUUA